AUGCAAUUCAAAAAUCUUUCUUUAGCUACCCUUGCCAUCGCUACUGCUGUUUCUGCUGAAGGUUACACCCCAGGUAACGUCUGGUCCACUUUGACUCCAUCAGGUACUUAUGAAUGUGGUAUCGUUCACGCUACUACCACUUUCGGUAUUGCUGUUCAAACUAUUGCCUCUACCAACAAGAGAGAUAUUGUCUCCCAAAUUGGUGAUGGUCAAAUUCAAGCUCCUGUUUUAUCUACAACCGCUGCUUCUUCUUCUUCUUCUUCUGACGUUACCACUACCAUCACUAAGGCCAUUACCACUACAUUAAAACCAUCUUCUUCUAAAUCCUCUUCCACUUCUUCCUCUAAGACAUCUUCAGUCUGUAAUGCCUCUGCCACCAUUGCUCCAAAGCAAACUGCCUGCAAGAAUAAAGGUACUCUACAAUUAACUUUGAAGGAUGGUAUAUUGACUGACAGCAAGGGCAGAAUCGGUUCUAUUGUUGCCAAUAGACAAUUCCAAUUCGAUGGUCCACCACCACAAGCUGGUGCCAUCUACGCUGCUGGUUGGUCUAUCACACCAGAAGGUAACUUAGCUUUAGGUGACAAAGAUGUUUUCUACCAAUGUUUAUCCGGUGAUUUCUACAACUUAUACGAUGAACAUAUUGCCGAACAAUGCUCCCCAAUCCACUUAGAAGUUGUUGAAUUAGUUGACUGUUAA